AUGCCACCGUCGCAUCUCGUCACGCAGCGAGGCCCGGCGGGCACUCGCGGGGCCACCCGUUUUACAACAGUACAUUUUUUAUCAAGUUUACAGCACUUCUUGUUCACAGCAUUACUUUUGAGCGUAUGCGCUGCUGCACCCCAGGGGUUGUCCGACCUGCACGACGGCCAACAGUCAUCUUCCAAUCCUUGCUACGAUGCUAUCGGGGAGCCAAAGAUGUGUGUACCUGAAUUUGUAAACAUUGCCUACGGAAAAGAGGUGGUUGCUUCGUCGACGUGUGGAACACCUCCAAGCCGUUAUUGCAAAUCAUCAAUAAACAAAGAAGGCAAGGUGGUCAGAAACUGUUUCAUAUGUGACGCUAGCCAUCCAAAAAGGAGACACCCGCCUUCCUAUCUCACAGACAACAACAAUUCAAAUAACCUUACAUGUUGGAUGUCAGAACCUUUUAUCCAAUACCCCAAAAAUGUCACUCUCAAAUUGUCUCUCGGUAAAAAAUACGAGCUUACCUAUAUUCUGUUACAGUUCUGUUCGGCUAGGCCGGAUUCUAUGGCUAUUUACAAAAGUAUGGACUUUGGAAAAACAUGGAUCCCUUUUCAAUACUAUUCCAGCGACUGCCAAGGAAUGUAUGGCAAAAAGCCCGGAGUUGUGAUCACCAAAGCUAAUCAACAAGAAGCUUUGUGUAGUAAUGUACACAGUAAUAUUAACACACCCGGAGGGGCUCGGGUAGCCUUCAGUACCCUAGAGAACAGACCUGUCGACUUUGAUAGCAGUCCAGUUCUAUGGGACUGGGUUACAGCUACCGAUGUGAUGUUUGUAUUCAACAAGUUGAGUACCUUGGGGGAUCUUGAGGAGCCCAAUGCUAGGGAGAGUUAUUACUACUCUUUGUCAAAUUUAGCCGUCGGCGGACGAUGUAAAUGCAAUGGACAUGCAUCUUCGUGUAGCAAGAAUGCCGAGGGCCAAACGGUAUGUGAUUGUCAACAUAAUACGGCAGGUCCGUCGUGUGAUAGGUGCAAACCUUUCCACUUUGAUCUGCCCUGGUCUCGGGCUACCGAUUAUAAGGCCAAAGAAUGCGUCGAGCUUUCAACUUCUUCACUCCAUCUACCUAUCCUACCAACCUACUUAUCUAUCUAUCUAUCUAUCUAUCUAUCUAUCUAUCUAUCUAUCUAUCUAUCUAUCUAUCAGUAG